GACUUCGUCACUAUCUUGGCUCUUCCUGGUCUAGUCGGUCUAGUGUAGCCUACGUUGGCGGCGUUGAAGUUCAGACAACAUUUUGUAUUAAUGAAUAAUACAUAAAUAUAUGUAACUAAUAUAUAACUAAUUGGUGUAAGCUAUGGCUUCAACGAUAAGACAACUUCUGCUAGACAGUCUGGAGGAUCUGAAUAAGAGAGACCAGAGGAAGUUUUGCGCCAGACUGUUGGACCGUGAGCGGGAGGGAGAGCCUCGGGUCAGGCGCAGCGCACUGGAGGACAAGGACGAAAUCGGUAUCGCUGAUGUUCUCGUCUCAACCUUCACUGAGGCUAAAGCCGGGAGGGUAGCAGUGGAAACGCUGCGGGCCAUAGAGUGUAACCAAAUCGCAGUGGGACUUGAGGCCGAACUGGAGAGUAAGUUGACUAAUGGAGAUGAUAGGAAGGAUAUUAGGAUUAAGACGAGAUCGCUGUUAGACCAGAGUGCGCCUACACGCUCUCGAUUUGGGUUUUAUCACGGAAUCGAUCCGGAGGUUCCCAUCCUGGAUAAACUGCUGGAGCAUAGCAUCAUGAGUAAGGAGGACUAUGACUCCAUCAUGGCCAAACACGACCCGCAGGACCUGACCCAACAUCUGAGGUCCAGCGGAACCUAAUCUUCCUCAGCGUGCUGGAGGAAAUAUAAACUUUUCUUAUCGAGGACCUGAGGAGAUCUUGAGCCAUGGUGUGUUACAUAAGUAGCCUAAUUACAACAAUAAUGGAGGGUGCUGAUUAUUUUGUGCUGGGUAUUUUUUUUACUCAAUCUGAACUAAAUGUUUCGUUUUUAAAAUGUUGCUAUAAAUAAAUAAAUACUAUGCCUAUAAUGUUUAUCUAUCCAUUUUUAUGAAUUAGGAAUCAUGCUGUUUUUAAACGUAACGGAAGAUGUAGAACCAGAAUUACAUUUUUUUUUUUUACAUUGUUGUUUGGGGUAUUUUUUUACUCAAUCUGAACUAAAUGCUUUGUUUAUAAAAUGUUGUUAUAAAUAAAUAGCCUACUAUGCCUAUA